AAAAUUUUAUUGAUAUUAAAUUAAUUCUGUCCACUCAAGGUUGAUAGAUGUUUUAACCUUCUAGUCCACUUUCAUGUUUAUAUUUACAGAUUCUUCAAAUAUUUCCGUCAGAUCAACUAUUGCUAUCUACUUAUAUUUGAAUCAGAAGAAAUUAAUGUGAAAUUUAAUAUCAAUUUAUAGAUAACAACAAAUCUAAUAUAGAAAUAUAAUCAAGAUGUCAUCUUCAUUACUAAGAGAAUCUAUUAGGCUCAGCAGAAGAGAGAGUAAAAAGCUGGAGCUGGCGAAAAUAAGGUUAAUAGAUCUUGAAAGAAAGAAAAAGGCAUAUUUGGAGGACAGAGACAAAAAUAGUGAGACAUUGGUUGUCAGAUCAGCUAAUUGGGCUGAUGCAUAUAAAGUAUUAAGAAAACCCUCCGGAUCUGAAAUACCAAAUGGGCUCCCGACAUGGAACGUUGGAGAUAUUGAUGAUAAACUUGUAUUCAUUGAGCCACCAGAUGAGGAUUUUGCGCUAACAAGAGGAAAAGCUGGGAAAAGUCUUUUCAAGAGCAUAGAAGGUGCUGAAUUCAAACUGGACGAUGAAAUGGAAAUACCCUACCAUCCACUCCAUGAUCCGCAUAUGAGGAAUUUCUUGAAGCAUAAUCUCAGUUUGCUGAGGAAAAAGCAUUUAGUCACUGAUGAAAAUGGAGUCAUCUGCACCUUGAAGGAAUACAAUCAAUAUAGAAAAUACCUGCACAGUUUGCAUGCAGAAGCAAUCAAAAAACUUUCAAAAGAAAAGUAUCAAGAAGAAACAGAGGCAACUACAUUCAGAAGAAUAAUGAUCAUGAAUAAUUUCUUUGAGGAACGCCAAGAAAAGAAAGCAAUACGAGAUGAGAGAACCAAAGCUGUCUUGGCGAAGCAGAGGGCUGAAAUUCAAUCCAAGCAAGAGAAGUGUAAAGCUCGAUUAGAUCAUGUUGAUUUUGUCAUGGAGCAAAAACGGAAUGCACAACAUCUGGCGUCCUUAGAGGCUGAGAAGCGGCAUGAGGAUUUCAAAAAUUGGCUGCAGAGCAGAGUGGAUGCUGCCACAGUUAUUGAACGUAAAAGGAAAUUGAAUGUUAUUUUGCAGAGAAGGGAGGCAAAAAAAGAGCAAAAUUAAGAGAAGAGAUGAAAGCUGAAGAGAAAAGGAUCAAAAGAAAGAAUAAGGUUGAGAAGCGAUGGAAUCUGAAAGUGCAUUCUCAAAUACUCAGGCUGGAAAAGAGAAAGAUAUUGCAGAUAUGCGAAACAAAGAGCUGAUGCUCAAAGCACAGAAUCGAAUGAAGAGGGUUCAGAAUUUGACCAAUAGGAGAGAAGAGUUUCUGGAGAAAUUGAAAAAGAAGAAAAGAGACGAGGUUGAAAGUGCUGUCAAAUCAAAACUUUUAGAGGUGAAAAAAUUCUACAGUACAAAGAAAGAGGAGAAAGUUCUGGACUCCAACGUAAAUAUGCCAGAAAUCAAAUUUUGUAUCAAAGGAAUCGCAGAGAGACUUGAAAAUCGUGUUACAUCAACGGCGUCUCAAGAGAUCACAGACCUAUUAUUCAUGGGUGUCCAAAAAUCAAGGAAAGAAAAGUUUAAACUGCCUGUCGAAGUUGGUGUUGCUGUUAAUCAUCUAUUGAAUUCUGUUAUUGAAACCUUUGUUAGGAAAAGAGUUUCUGAGGAGGUUCCACUUCUAGUUGCUGGUAUAAUAAUGAUCUAUAAUUCAAAAUUGAAGGAUUGGAUAAGUUCACAAAAACUUCUGAGGGGAGAAUUGUCCGUAGAGGAAUUUGAAGAAAUAAUUAACGAAGAGGAGUUCUAUUCCGACGAGGAAUCCUCAUCGGCGCUAUCAAGUGACAAUACUAUUGAGCUGAUGAGAAUAAAGCAGCUGAAUUCUAAAGAAAGAUUUUUCGAUUCACUGGAUUAUCUGCAGCAACGAGUGAUGAAAUUGCUGAAAAAGAAUAUCAGACAUUUUUUUGAAACUGUUUAUACAGGAGUUGGAUCAAACGAGUUACAACAGCUAUCGGACAAUGACAUGAGAAUAAUAAACUUGAUCGAGUACAUAACUGUGACUCUUCUCAAUUUUGCCGAGACGAGAGCGGAAAUAGAUGCUGAUGUGUGCGUGACGGAGAUAGCUGAAUUCAUUGAGAGACAAAUAUUACACACUGUGGAAAAAUAAGACUUUGAAGACAACCAUAUUGCAGGUUCCAAGAGAAACACAUAUUUGUGAAAUUCAAUAAAGCUUUGCUUUGUUUUGUGAUCGUGAAAGUAUAUUUUAUUUUUAUUGUAACGUUAAAAACCAAAAAUAAUAGAAA